AUGAUAACAACGAACAGAAUCGCUGUUCUCACCACCCAGAAGAACCAGUUUAUGACGCCCAAUGGUUUCACUAUGUACAUGCUGUCUAAGGAGAAUGAUGUGUAUAACCCAGAGCAUGGCAGAGUCUACCAGGACAUGAGCCGCCCACUCAGUCACUACUUUAUCUCCUCCUCACACAACACCUACCUCACUAAAGACCAGCUCAUUGGCGAGAGCAGCAUUGACGCUUAUAUCAGAGCUCUGAGUCAAGGCUGUCGCUGUGUGGAACUGGACUGCUGGGAUGGGGAAAAGAAGCCAGUUAUUUACCAUGGACACACCCUCACAUCCAAAGUGCCAUUUAGCGAGGUUUUGAAGGUCAUCGCUGAAUAUGCAUUCAGGACUUCUCCAUAUCCUCUUAUUCUGUCUCUGGAGAACCACUGCUGUGUGGAGCAGCAGACUAUCAUGGCCCAGCAGCUGCAUUCAAUUCUGGGGGAGAAACUGCUCAACAAACCUCUCAAUGACAAGGCGCUUCAGUGCCUACCAUCACCAGAGGUAAUACAGUCUGACUUUCCCUAA